AUGGUUUUAACAACUGAUGAACGUCUUUUUCUCAUCGUCGAACACAAUUUCUCUCUCUCUCUCUCUCUCUCUCUCUCUCUCACUCUGUCUCUCCCCCUCCCCCUCUUCCCCCGGUACUGCUGUGUUGCACCCUCGAGGCACAGACACAAAAAGAAAGCAGAAACUCGUAUCGAUCAUCUGCGGUUAAUCGCCAGAGAACAAAAAUCUCUGUUCUUUGGUAAAGCAAAGAAAAAGAAUUCUUGGCAGUCAAUAAAAGAGGCGGGAAAUAAAAGCAAGAGGCAUAUUGACAUCUACAUGGGCAACUGCCAUAACAAAAAUAGCUGUUUGGCGAUGGAACCUGCCAUUAAGCGAUCGUUAACUAACUGGUGUCGCUCUCGUGGUGAAUUCACUUUUCAUGGCUACAUUUUUUUCGGGUACUUUUCUAGUCUAUUGACUAAAUUCAUAUCUCUUACUUUCUCUCUCUCUCUCUCUCAUUUAUUGCUUUAUACCUCUUUCUUUCUCUUUCUCUCUCUCUCUCUCUCUCUCUCUCUCUCUUAUUGCUUCAUAUCCCUUUAUCAUCAUCAUCAUCAUCAUCAUUAUUAUCCUUCGACCUCCCUAGGUGGCAGUGGCCGGCAAACUCAUCUCUCUCUCUCUCUCUCUCCCUCUCUUUCUCUCUCAUUUAUUGCUUUAUACCUCUUUCUUUCUCUUUCUCUCUCUCUUUUCAAUUGUCCCUCUCUCUCUCUCUUCUUCCUCUCCCUCUAUCUAUACCUCAGAUCUUUUCCUUUCUAUCUCUCCAAAUGGUUUUCCUUCCCCCUCUUCUACAACCCCUCAAUAUCUUUCACUCAUUCUUUCUUCUCUCCCGUUAUCUUCUUCUUUUCCCUUUCUCUACCCAUUUCCCCCCUCUCUCUCUCUCUGUGA